CCAUAAAUGAGAAAGGAGUUAAUGACAAGGCUGAUGAGAAUGACUAUGACAGAGAAGUAGAUGGCACCAAGAAGAAAAGUGGAUUUUUUUUUGUUAAAAGCUUUGAAGAUGAGAAGGAAAAGGAUUAUAAGAACCAUAUCUAUAUUAACUCUCCUGGUGCACUCUGGAAUGUCUUUGGGUUUAUUGAGUUUAAUGAGAUGGAGUCUCCUAGCUCUGGACUUCGACAGAUAAAGAAAACAGAUCCUGGACUCUUAUUAUUAUGCAUGGCUCAACAGAUGAAGGAAACAGAUCCCAAGAGUGUGAGACAAAUGAUUAUCAAUGAUGACCUGUUCAAAAAGGAACUUGGAAAGAAGGUUUCAAAAGUUAUAAAAGCUAUGGAAAUACAGGAGUGGAUUUUUAUGCUCCUAACAAAUGUGAAAUCAAAGAGCCUUAAUGUAAAAGAUAAAGAAAAGAGCACAUUUGUUAUUGUUGGCAAUGAUGAAUUUGAUGAGUUCUAUGGAUAUACAUACUCAAGCCGGGCACAGUUUGCAUCAACACAACGAAAAAUCAAAAUCAAUUCUGCAGCACCAGAUGUAAUUAGGAAUAUCCUUGGCUUUGAUAGCAUGCAGUGUUCCAAUUUAUGCAAGAAACGUGACCAUGAUGCUAUCAAAAACCUUGAUGAUGUGUGCGAAAUGACUGGUAUAAGUAAGAAUUCUAAGAGAUUUAAAGCAUUAAAAGACCUUUCAGAUAGUGGUUAUAUAGUUUUUUCUGACUCCAAUGAGCAAAUGGAAAUGUAA